AUGGGCGAAUUGAAGUCAGUGGAGCUAGAUUGUAUUAACAAAAAUAAAAAAGAGAAAAAUGAAAAAGUUGAAAUAAUGAAUAAAAGUAAAAAACACUUCAAUAAAAGAAAUGAAAAUGAAAUUAAUGUAAUAAAUUCUAAAAAUAAUAAUAAUGAUGUGAAAAGUAUAUUUGAGUCAUUUCGGUUAAAUGAAUUUUUUUCAGGUAAGAAUAAAGAAGAUUCUUCAAAUAAUAAUAAUUAUUUAAAAAAUAAUGUGAACUUUUUAAAAGGCAAUAACAGUCCCAAUAUAUAUAAUGAUAUAUAUAAUAAAAAAGAAAAUGGUGAUAUAAAUAAUAAAAAAGAAGAAAUUCAUUAUAAAAAAAAGGAAAUAUAUAAUGAAUGCUUGAAUAAAAAUUAUUCUAAACAAGAAUCAGUGAAUGAUGCAAAAUACAAUUCAUUUGGUAAUUCAUCUUGUUUAGAUAUUGAUGAAGAAACAAAAUUUUUAGAAGAUUGGGAAGAAACACAAAAAAAAAUAUAUGAUCCAACUAUUGGUUUACGUAAGCAUUACACAAACGAAUUAUUAUCAUGUGGAGAAAAAAAUAAUAUAAGGAUUUUGGAAAAAUGGUCAUCUAUGAUAAAUAGAGAUAUUACAUGGUUUAUUAAAAUUCAUAAAACAACUUAUUUAAGAAGAGUAAAAAGAGGUAUACCUCAAAAAUAUAGAUGGAAAAUUUGGUUUCAAAUAACCAAUGCAAAAUGUUUAAUAAGUAAGUUUCAAAAAAAAUAUUAUUAUUUGUCCAAAAAAAAAUCAUGUUAUACUAAUUUAAUUUUAAUUGAUAUAUCUAGAACUUUUCCUGAAUUACUAAUAUUUGAUAAAUAUGCACAACAACAAUUAUAUAGAAUUUUAAACGCUUACUCUAACUACGAGCCAGCAGUUGGGUAUUGUCAAGGUAUGAAUUUUUUAGUUGGAUUAUUACUAAUAGUUAGUAAUUUUAAUGAAUUAGAAACAUUUUGUGUUUUAGUUAGUUUAAUGAAUAAUUAUCAUUUAAAAGAAUUUUACAAGGAGAAAUUUCCAUUGUUAAAUAAAUAUAUUUAUGUCUUUGAAAAAAUUUUACAAAAUGAAAUUCCUGAUUUAGUAGAACAUUUCAAUAAAGAAGAAGUAUUUCCUCCUGUGUAUUUGCAUCAGUGGAUGCUUACAUUAUUUAUUGCUAGCUUACCUAUUAAAAGUGUAAUUGUGAUAUGGGAUUUUUUAUUUAGCACAAGUAUAAAAAUGAUUAUAAUUAUUUCUAUCGCUUUACUGAAAAUAUUAAAAAGCUACUUAAUGAAACACAAAUUUGAAAAAAUAUUAAAAUUAUUAAAAUCACUGAAAUAUAAUGAAAGCAAUGAUGAUAUUUUAAUUGCUAAAUUACUUAUAAAAAAGUCAGAAUCCAUUGUAUUAAAUGAAGAACUCAAGUUCCUUUUUGAUAAUAUUGAAAAAGAUAAUAUUCUUUUUAAUAGUCAAUGUAAAUAUGCUAUUGAAAACAUUACUAAUUAUCAUUUUAAUCAUGUUAAAAAUGACAUGAAUAAUAUUAAAAAUAUGGAAGAAAAUUAUAUGAGCAAUUCAGAAGAUAAUAAUUUUGUUGUAUUAGAUGGGGUUCCAUUACUAAAUUUUUUCUCCAAUAAUUUAUUAAAGAAAAAAAGUGAAGAAGAGCUAAAACCAACUACCAAUUGUGAAUAUAAAGAAAAAAAGCAUGCUAAAAAUUUAAGAGAACAUAAUGUAAAUACUUUUUAUUAUAAAAUUUUAAGUAGCAAUGAAAAAAAUAUCAAAAAUGAAAAUACUCCUUCUAGUAAAAAUAGUAGCAAUAGUGGAAUUAUGCUUUUUAGAAAUUCUUCUAAUGAAAUUAAGAGUCCUAUUAAUAUGAAUAGAAAAAAACGUGAUAAUCAAAAAAGAGAAAAAAAUAACCCCAACAAUAAUAAAUGGACUAAUAAUAAUUAUAAUAAAAAGAUGACUCAAAGUAGUAAAUUGAAUUCUUCAAGUGAUAAUUUCGUCAAUAACAAUGACAAUCAUAAUAUUAAUAACAUUGAUAAAAAUGAUUUAAAAAAAAAGAUAAAUUUAAAUCUUAAUAAUGAUGCGCAUGUUAACACAUUUAAGAAUAACAAAAAUUGUAACGAUAAUAAUAUUAAUUAUAAUAAUAAAGAUAAUCAAAAUUUUAUAGGGAAUUCUUUUUAUGAAAAUAACAAUAGGAAAAACAAUAUGAACACUCUUAAUUCAUCGCAUUUCAAUAAUUCUCUAAGUGAAGAUUCAUGUAAUUCUAAGAUAAUAACAACAGACAUUCCACAGUAUGAUCAUCAUCAUGAUGCUAGUGAUCAUUUAUAUAAAAGUGAUUCUUUUUUAGAUUCUUAUCAAAAAAAAUAUAUUAAUAUUAAUUCACUAGAUAAUCUCAAUUUUUAUAAACAAGAUACAUCAGAUAGUAAGAAUUCUUAUUUAACGAAUCAAAAUAAUUUUACUGAUACUAAUUUUAUGAGAGAUACAAAGCAGAGAAAAAGUUUUAGCAAUUUAAAAAGACAUGCUUAUUAUUUUGAUAAGCAGUUUAAAGAUAAUAAUUUUCAAGAAGAAAAAAAAUCUGAAAGUGUAAUAAAAAUAAAGAUGAAUAAAUAUGAACAAGAAUUAAAUGAGAAAGAGAAACAAGAAAUAUAUAAAUUUAAAGAAUAUAAAAAUAAGAAAAAAAAAAAUGAACCUGCAAAAAAAAUAGAACAAAAAGACAAGGAGAAUAUUUUAAAUAUUUCUCAGUACAUUAAUUAUGAUGAAAAUGAACAAAAAAAUAAUAAUGAAAACAAUUUUGGAUUUUUUAACUUAAUUCAUUCAUAUGCAAAAGAUAAUAAUUGGUUUGAUGUAUCUACAAUAAAUAAAUAUUAUCAUUUCAAUAAAAAUAAUAUGGAUUAUGAAUUAGAUAAUAUAAAUUUAAAUAAAAAUAAAUUUAAGGGAAAUGAUAAGUUAGAUGAUAGUACAUUUUGA